CCCCAGAGUGCUCAGCCUCAAGAUAUUUCCAUCUUUAGUCUAUCUCGUCGAGUUCGACGGUCAGAUUCUCCAGAGCUUACCCCGUCGCUCGUGCCCGCCGGCCCUUGCGGUAAUCCCAGUCCAUCACUUUCAAGAAAAAAAUCGAGUAUAAUAGGAACACCGCGCUGCUAGCUUUGUGUGUGUUGGAGACAGCGAGCAGUUGUUGUUCUUUAGCAAAGAAGACAAGAUCCAUCAGGCCGUGAGCCUCUUCCUCCCCCUUCUCUUAUUAAAUGUCCUCAGUCCAACAUCCUAAAGUCCAAGGAUCAAGAGUGAUCCCUGCUGUCGAGAUCACCGACUACUCGACCGAGUCUGUGGAAGUCUUUGACGACCCAGCCUCGCCGCAGCAGUCUACGCGCUCGUCACUAUCACCACCGUCAAAGACGUCAUCGAGCAAACGGCGAAGCAAACCCACAGCCCGGUCCGGAUCAGACGCAGAACAAGACAGCUCCAAGAUGUCUUCGCGAUCAUCCACCAAGAAGAGUUCUUCCAAGUCUUCGUCCAAGUCGAAGCAGAAGACAGAUGACUGGAAUGAGGUCACGGAGCCAGAAGAGAGGAGGCGCAUCCAGAACCGCAUCGCGCAGAGGAAAUUCCGCGAGAAGGCGCGUGAACAAAAGGAGCGGGCGCAGCGAGAUGCCCAGAACAACGAACACGCCGGCAGCAGCUAUCGCAUCCCGGAGCCAGACGAACUCGGCCCCGAAGACGAGCUCUCGGGGCUGCCCUGGGGCAGCCUCAACAUGCGAUUCGUCGUCGCCAAGGGCCACGAGAGCACCAGCCAGCAAGGGAGCCGCCGGACGUCGGAUCACAGGAUCGAGGACAACCAGCAGUUUCUGAGCGCACAGGCGGGGGGAUUCCCGCCCGCCAUUGCCAGUUACGACGGACGAGACAGCAUUGGCGAUGAUAGUAGCAGGUACUAUGACGACUCAUCACCAUAUUACUACGACUAUGAACUCGGGCCGGCGGAUCCUAGCGGGCAAAUCUAAAAUGUUUGGUGUUUUUCUACAAUUGAGCUUGCUUCUUGGUGCAAGUCUUUCGCCGGAGAGCGGGAAUGAUGAGGCCACGACGUGUCACUUUGGGAUUCUGCCGUUGGCAGGGUUACGACAACGAAUAGAAGACGAAUUGCCAUGAUGCGGUAUGGGCUGCAGGCGAGACAUACGAGGGGCUGGAGUUGUUUGCU